AUGGGCACUCGGAGUGGACAACAGUGCGCACAGCGGUGGCGACACAAGGUCAACCCAGGGAUCCGACGGGAGCGGUGGAGCGAGGAGGAGGAUGAAAAGUUGAAGACACUGAAAGAGCGCUACGGGUCGAGAUGGGCAACGAUCGCGCGUGAAAUGGGUGGUCGCACGGAUCAGCAAUGUAUGGGACGGUGGAGACGACAUCUCGAUCCGACAGUGACUCGCGGCGCGUGGGCUCGGGACGAAGACGAGCUCUUGUGCGGGUUGUACGACGAGUACGGUCCGCGAUGGUCAUUCAUCUGUCAGAGCGUUCCGGGUCGCACCGCGCAACAAUGUCGCGCGCGAUGG